AUGACCUCUUCAGGAAAGCCGUUCGAGGGCGUUUCGCUGGACGAUUUGCCCAAAUCAUGGAACUUUACGGCCUCAUUGCCUCCGGAUCAAGCCUUUCCAACUCCGGCAGACUCGCAUAAGACUCCCCGAGACAAAAUCUUACCCCGGCAAGUGCGCGAUGCUCUGUUUACUUGGGUACGGCCGAGCCAACAGGAAGACCCCGAACUGCUGGCUGUGAGCCCAGCUGCAUUGCGGGACAUUGGAAUCAAGGAGGGCGAGGAGAAAACCGAAGACUUUCGGCAGCUAGUAGCCGGCAACAAGUUGUACGGAUGGGAUGAGACAAAGCUGGAAGGCGGAUACCCUUGGGCGCAAUGCUACGGCGGCUUUCAGUUUGGCCAGUGGGCAGGACAGCUCGGAGACGGAAGGGCCAUUUCGCUGUUCGAGACGACGAACCCGGCGUCUAAUGUGCGAUAUGAGCUACAGCUCAAGGGAGCCGGCCUAACCCCAUACUCUCGAUUUGCAGAUGGAAAAGCCGUGCUUAGAUCCAGUCUUCGAGAAUUUGUUGUCUCCGAAGCACUCAAUGCACUCAAGAUACCCACAACCAGAGCACUGUCUCUUACUUUGCUCCCUCAUUCCAAAGUUGCGAGAGAGACAACCGAGCCUGGAGCUAUAGUGCUCCGAUUCGCCCAAUCAUGGCUGCGGUUGGGCACUUUUGACAUAAUGCGAGCAAGAGGAGAUCGCGCUCUCAUAAGGAAGCUUGCGACAUAUAUUGCGGAAGAUGUCUUUGGCGGAUGGGAAACGCUUCCUGGACGACUAGAGUCACCUGAGGAUCCUAAGAAAUCACCACCCCCUAAGCGCGGAAUACCGGCUUCUGAGAUUCAAGGACCCAGCAAUGCAGCCGAAAAUAGAUUCCAACGGCUGUAUCGAGAGAUUGUGAGGCGAAAUGCCGUGACUGUAGCUCACUGGCAGGCAUAUGGAUUCAUGAACGGUGUUUUGAACACUGAUAACACAUCAGUAUACGGCCUGUCGAUGGACUAUGGGCCCUUUGCUUUUAUGGACAACUUCGAUCCGUCAUAUACUCCAAAUCAUGAUGACCACAUGCUGCGGUAUAACUACAAGAACCAACCCACUAUUAUAUGGUGGAAUCUCGUGAGGCUCGGCGAAGCUCUCGGUGAGCUUGUGGGCAUUGGAGCUCAAGUCGAUGACGAAGCUUUUGUCAACAAAGGCAUCAAAGAAGAACAGGAGAAAGAAUUAGUUGAGAGGGCAGAGAAUCUAAUCACUCAAGCCGGAGAGGAAUACAAGACUGUCUUCCUGAAUGAGUACAAGCGACUUAUGACGGCGAGAAUUGGCCUGCGCAACUUCAAAGAGACGGAUUUCGAAGAGCUCUUCAGCGAAGGGCUUGAUACUAUGGAAGCUUUAGAAUUGGAUUUCAACCACUUCUUCCGUCGCUUGGGCACCAUUCAAUUGGCGGAUAUCGCUGAUCCAGCAGGUAGAAAAGAAAAGGCGGCCAUCUUCUUUCACAAAGAAGGGCCGCCCCAGGCAGUGAGCGAAGACGAUGCAAAGGAGAGAAUCGCCAAGUGGCUUGACAAAUGGCGGUUGCGUGCCUUGGAAGACUGGGGAAGUGAAUCUGCUGAUGCCCUGUCUGAAGAUCAAGAUGCGGAAAGAAGACAGGCCAUGAAGCAGGUCAACCCAAACUUUGUCCCCAGAGGCUGGAUCUUGGACGAGGUGAUACGGCGUGUCGAGAAAGAGGGCGAGAGACACGUCUUGAAUCGCAUCAUGCACAUGGCUCUACACCCGUUUGAGGACUCGUGGGACGGAGUUGCAAUUGACGGGGUCGAGUACAAGGGCGACCUAGAGGAGGAACAGAGAUGGGUUGGCGAUGUGCCUAGGUUUGAGCGAGCGAUGCAAUACUUGAUCUUUGACAUCAACAUUACGAAGCAGCCACGGCUGUCAAUUCUACGGCAUCUUUUACUGGAUGAAAUGUUACGACCGGCGCAGAUCCGUUUCGACGACGCCCAUCCCACUCGAACUGAGCCCUUUUUACACUCGCCGCAACGUCCAUCACGUUCAAUCCGUCAAGGCGACACGAUGCUCCGACAGUCUCUGGCACGUUCGGCUUGGCGGACCGGCAGGCGGGCCGCCGCCGCCUCGCGGGCUUUCGCGACAACGCCCAGACGAGCAGCCGAGGUGGAGCUCACCAUUGAUGGAAAGAAGGUCUCGAUCGAAGCCGGGUCUGCUCUGAUCCAGGCUUGCGAAAAGGCCGGAGCUACUGUUCCCAGAUACUGCUACCACGAAAAACUCAUGAUUGCCGGUAACUGCCGUAUGUGCUUGGUUGAGGUCGAAAAGGCACCCAAGCCUGUGGCCUCGUGCGCCUGGCCCGUGCAGCCCGGAAUGGUCGUCAAGACCAAUUCGCCUCUUACACACAAGGCCCGCGAGGGUGUUAUGGAAUUCCUGCUGGCCAACCACCCCCUCGACUGCCCCAUCUGCGACCAGGGAGGCGAGUGUGAUCUCCAGGAUCAGUCUAUGCGAUAUGGUGCCGACCGAGGGCGAUUCCACGAGAUUGGAGGCAAGCGAGCUGUCGAGGACAAGAACAUUGGACCCCUGAUUAAGACAUCCAUGAACCGAUGCAUCCACUGCACCCGAUGUGUCCGAUUUGCCAACGACAUCGCUGGUGCCCCUGAGAUGGGCUCGACUGGCCGUGGAAACGACCUGCAGAUCGGCACCUACCUGGAGAAGAACCUGGACUCGGAAAUGUCUGGAAACAUCAUCGACCUCUGCCCCGUUGGCGCCCUGACCUCCAAGCCCUAUGCUUUCCGAGCUCGCCCCUGGGAGCUGAAGCACACCGAGUCAAUUGACGUUCUCGACGGCCUGGGUUCCAACAUUCGUGUCGACUCUCGUGGCCUGGAAGUCAUGCGUGUUCUUCCCCGACUCAACGACGACGUCAACGAAGAGUGGAUCAACGACAAGACUCGUUUCGCCUGCGACGGCCUCAAGACCCAGCGACUUACUGUUCCGUUGGUCCGAAGAGAAGGAAAGUUUGAGACCGCUGACUGGGAAGAGGCUUUGACCGUGAUUGCCAAGGCCUACCAGCAGACAAACCCCCAGGGCAACGAGUUCAAGGUCAUUGCCGGUGCACUGACUGAAGUAGAGUCUCUCGUCGUCGCCAAGGACAUGGCCAACAAGCUGGGAUCUGAGAACCUUGCUCUCGACACCCCUACUGGCAGCCAGCCCCUUGCCCACGGCGUUGACGUGCGAUCAAACUACCUUUUCAACUCCAAGAUCUGGGGUAUUGAGGAGUCUGACUGCAUUCUCAUCGUCGGAAGCAACCCCCGACACGAGGCCGCCGUUUUGAACGCUCGCAUCCGCAAGCAGUGGCUGCGCUCCGACCUCGAGAUUGGUGUUGUUGGCGAGACCUGGGAGUCCACUUUCGAGUUUGAGCACCUGGGAGCCGACCACGCUGCCUUGAAGAAGGCCCUGGCCGGUCCCUUUGGCAAGAAGCUCCAGGCCGCCAAGAAGCCCAUGAUCAUCGUUGGAUCCGGUGUCACCGACCACGUCGACGCCAAGGCCUUCUACGAGACCGUCGGCACCUUUGUGAACCAGAACGCCGCCAACUUCAGAACCGCUGAGUGGGACGGCUACAACGUGCUCCAGAGGGAAGCCUCAAGGGCCGGUGCCUUUGAGGUUGGCUUCGUCACCCCGUCCGCGGAGGUCGCCCAGACCAAGCCCAAGUUUGUCUGGCUCCUCGGCGCCGACGAGGUCAACGCGGCCGACAUCCCCAAGGACGCCUUUGUCGUCUACCAGGGCCACCACGGUGACCGCGGCGCCCAGAUUGCCGACAUUGUCCUUCCUGGCGCCGCCUACACCGAGAAGGCUGGCACUUACAUCAACACCGAGGGACGUGUGCAGAUGACCCGUGCGGCCACCUCGCUGCCCGGCGCUGCCCGCACUGACUGGAAGAUUCUCCGAGCUGCUUCUGAGUUCCUCGGCGCGCCUCUUCCCUACGAUGAUGUCGCCGCUGUGCGGGACCGCAUGAUCGAGAUCAGCCCCGCCCUGGCUGCCUACGACGUGGUUGAGCCCGUUGCUCUGAAGGAGCUGAGCAAGGUUCAGCUUGUCGAGCAGAACAAGGGUGCCAAGGCCAGCAACCAGCCUCUUAAGAAGGUUAUCGAGAACUUUUACUUUACAGAUGUCAUCUCCAGAAGCUCACCGACAAUGGCACGCUGCUCAGCGGCCAAGACCACUGGCGACCCAAGGACGAAUUUCAUGGCUCCUGGUGUUGAGGAGGACAGGCCCAUGGGCCAGGUUGCGUACGGUGCUUAA